AUGACCUCCCUAACUCUUCCCCCACCAGGCCUCUCCCUUAAAGAUGCCAAUCUCCUCCUCUCACACCCCUACCUCCCCAUGGAAGCCGGAGUGGCCUUCACCGAAGACGGAAUGUGCCACAUUGCAGCCUCAACCUACAUGAAAGGCUGCACAGGCGCAAUGAUAGACUGGUGGUUUGGCUGGAUCCACAAAACAGAGCAAUAUGCACUCUGGCACCCGCGCGACCACGUAUUCUCCGAUUGGGAAGGACCUCGCGAGAAUAACAGCACCUAUAUUGGAGGCCAUCACCUGGUGCACGAGUACAUCGGGGGUGAGCUACAGAAAUUGAAGAUAUCUUUCAAGGAUCCGGGUCAGUACUUUGGUGCUGGGUGGGAGGGUGCGUUCCAGGAGGCUGGGUACUCGACUGCUGUAUGUGGGAGGACGGGAGUGUGGGAUGAUGAAAAGAAUGAAGUGAUGUAUGUUGGGCACUUGAUUCAUCUGAUUAAGAAUGAGCCGGAUGGAGUGAGGAUGCGAUCUCGCUUCUGGUUGGGAGAUGUUGAUGGAAUUACUGAUCCCGAAAUGAGGAAGGCGGGGGUAUCUUUGGAAUUCGCUACGGGGCUUUUGAAACAUUGCACGGAGGAGAUGGCAAUCUUGGCUAGUAUUUUGCCUGAUAUGUACAGUAAAUACUCGAAGACAGAGGUCAAAUUGUGA